AUGGCUUCUUCCAAGCUUACAGUAGCGGAAGUGAGCGAAUCCUUGCAGCGUUUCGGUGUGGCAGAUUACAUAGUUUUCGUGGGUAGUUUGUUGAUAUGUGUGAUCAUCGGAGUGUAUUUCGGAUGGAAAGAUUGGAGAUUCCAGCGAAAACGAAAGCAUAAUGUUCGAAGAGGCUCAGAAGCGCUCAAUUAUCUCGUUGGUGGACGAAAAAUGAAAAUCUUUCCUGUCGCCAUGUCCCUGAUCGCAAGUUUCAUUUCCGGCAUAGCGGUUAUGGGGGCAUCCACCGAAACAUACUUACAUGGUACACAGUUCUGUUUUGUUUUUACUGCGAUUAUUUUGAUGGCGUUUAGUAUGAAUUUCAUAUUCUUACCCGUGUAUCAGGGACUAGAUAUCACUUCCGCUUACGCAUAUCUUCAACUGCGCUUUGACCGACGCAUACGAUUAUUGGGGUCGGGACUUUUUACGCUAGCAACGCUUCUUCAUUUGCCAAUCGUGAUUUACGUGCCGGCUCUGGCGUUCAAUCAGGUGUCUGGAGUAAAUGUACAUAUUGUUUCCACAAGUGUUUGUAUGGUGUGCAUAUUUUAUACCUUGGUGGGAGGUAUUAAAGCUGUAGUAUGGACAGACGUUAUUCAAAUGUUCAUAAUGAUUGGUGCAUUGAUCCUGAUCGUAGUUAAGGGAACGUCGGAUAUUGGAGGAGUAGGUGUUUUGAUCCAACGAAAUAUGGCUAGUGGAAGAAUAGAAGCACCAAGUUUAAGCCUAGAUCCUACGGAACGGCAUACCAUCUGGGCCAUCUUUAUCGGCGGAGGAUCUUUUUGGAUGGCUAAGAAUGCCAUUCAUCAAAUGAUGAUUCAACGUUAUCUUGCGCUGCCUAGCUUCAAAGACGCUCAGAAAGCACUGAUUUGUUUCACUAUUGGAAUGAUUUUACUUUUGAUGACCUGCUUCUAUAACGGAUUACUGAUAUACGCUACUUUUUACGAUUGUGAUCCUCUGACCACGGGAUUGGCGAAGGCAAAGGACCAGCUGCUGCCAGUAUUGUUGAUGAAAGUGCUCGGUAACUAUCCCGGCCUAGCAGGAUUGUUCAUUUCCGGAAUAUUUAGCGCUUCGCUAAGUUCUCUCUCAACUGGUCUGAACUCCCUGUCGGCGAUCGUGCUUGAAGAUUUUGUGAAACCUUUCGUCAAAAAUGGAUUAAGCGAAAGGAGCACACGGUACAUUAUGCGUGGAACUGUUCUUAUAUUCGGUAUUAUUGCAGUAGUGCUAGUUUUGGUGGUAGAAAAACUUGGCACGGUGUUACAAUUAUCAAUGAGUUUAGUGCCGAUUUCCCUUGGACCCUUGUUGGGUCUGUUUCUCAUUGGCAUGUUAUUGCCCUGGGUUGAUUCCUCUAGUGCCCUUUAUGGGGCCAUAAGUGGAUUGAUUACCAUGUCGUACAUCGUCAUUCGAGCACAGUUUGCGGUGGCCGCAAAUGAGAUGCCUAUACCUGGGAAACCGGUGUCGGUAGAAGGGUGCGAAUAUGAGUUUGAGCCACCGGCAGGAUAUAAUAUCACGACCGUAAUACCUUCUCUGCCAAUAGAAAAAUCGCUUCAUCACGUGUCCUACCUGUUUUAUACAUUUAUUGGAGCCGCAACUACUGUUCUCGUAGGUUCCAUCACAGCAACGGUAUUGCGGCGUCAGCAAUUGAGCAAACUCGAUCCGCUGCUUAUUGCGCCAUUCGUAAGAAAAAUGUAUUUUCCGGAAGCUAUUCCCCGAACGAUCGUUACCACACAUAGUUUCAAUAAAGAAGAUACGGAAUUGUAG